CAAACGCGCCACUCCCCCAAUGACCUCGCCCUCCCUGUUAUGAAACAUAACUUUUGACCACUUUGUCAUUUCUAUCCAGAAAAAACGUUAAAUACAUAGUUAGCACGUUGACACACCAGUGGUUUCGAAGAAGGUAAGCAGUGUCGUUUAAGACUCUUUAGCUAGCUAGCUACCUGGUUGUGGGGAGAGGCAAUUUGAUGUGGUGAACAUUGACUUCGGUAUCUAGGAACAGGGGUGUGAAUUAUUGAUUGUAAACGAUAGUUGUUUUGUCGUAUGAUCAGCGAAGCUGUAUUUUAUCAUAGUUGUACCUUUUUCUUUAGCUGUGAAUAUCAAGUAUUGAAUGAGAAGGACUUUAGGACUGAUCAGAAACCUCCCACAAUGCUGAAAACAAUUGGACAAGCUCUGUUUUCGACUGGUUUGCAGAAUCCAAAGUUUACACCUAACGAGGAGAAUAAGGUUGGUGGUUCUUGGUACCCAUUCAGCUUUGAUAUUGACAAACCUUUUCUUGUUGAACAAGUGCAAUGUUACAACAAGCACACCUAGUACUUUUUAUCCUCCAAUUGUGUCCGUGGUGGGGUUUCAGGCUCCAGACUAUGAGGUCCGUACCUAUCAGACUACCAACUGGAUAAGCACUACUCUGACUGGUAUGGAGCAGGAGGCUGCGAUGAACACUGGGUUCCGACGCCUGUUCAACUAUAUCCAGGGCAACAACCACAACAGUGAGUCACACUUUAUUUAUUUUAUUUUAAUUUUUGUCAUUUAGCAGACGCUCUUAUUCAGAGCGACUUACAGGAGCAAUUAGGGUUAAGUGCCUUGCUCAAGUGCACAUCAACAGAUAUUUCACCUAGUCGGCUCGGGGAUUAGAACCAGCGACCUUUCAGUUACUGGCACAACGCUCUUAACCACUAAGCUACUUGCCGCCACAGUUCCAGUCAUUAGGUGUUAGGCUACUUCAACUGUAGCUCAGUUGGUAGAGCAUGAUGAUGUGCAACGCCAGGAUAGUGAAUUCGAUUUCCAGGACAAAGCAUGACUACAUCCCUUUGGAUAAAUAUACACUGAGUGUACAAAACAUUAGGAACACCUUCCUAAUAUUGUGUUGCACCCCCUUUUGCCCUCAGAACAGCUUCAAUUUGUUGGGGCAUGGACUCUACAAGGUUUCAAAAGCAUUCCACAGGGAUACUGGCCCAUUUUCAUUCCAAUGCUUCCAACAGUUGUGUCAAGUUGGCUGGAUGUCCUUUGGGCUGUGGACCAUUCUUGAUACACACAGGAAACUUGAGUGUGAAAAACCCAGCAGCGUUGCACAAACCGGUGCGCCUGGCUAGGGCUGUGGUAGUCAUGAAAUUUUGUCAGCCGGUUAUUGUUAUGCAAAAGCCUGCUGGUCUCACGGUAAUUAACCGUUAAUUAACAAACACAUUUAGCAUUUCCAGGCCUCCACACAUACAAGCCGCUGAUGUGCUCCUUUCGGAACAUCUACAUAAAAAAAAGUCUAAUAAAUUAAUGUAAAAUACACCUUCACAAUAAAUCCAUUAUUUAUUUUAGUCAGGUCUAAAGAAACAUGAUACGAAAAAUGUAUUUUAAGAAGAACAGAAUAUGAGUUGGCCUACUGUAUCUUAUCUGGCUAUGCUCCAUGCCAUAGGCUGUAGGCUAGUUUAUUUAGCUGACAAGAUAUGCUUAUAAGUCCCGUGCCAUUAUUUCAUUUUAUAUGAUGAAUGGAUAUGUUUCCCAUCACGGAGCGAGUGCGCAUAUGACAUGGCUAUAUUGAGUGUAAAAGUGAUCACUUGAAACAGGUCCUAUAUGCUAGAUUUAGAGUUAUUUGGCCACUUUACUUGUGAAUGAUACAAUCUUUAGAAUGUCUUAGAAAUCAAAACAUACAGUGCAUUCGGAAAGUAUUCGGACUCCUUUACUUUUUCCACAUUUUGUUACUUUACAGCCUUAUUCUAAAAUGGAUUAAAUCGUUUUUUCCCCCCUCAUCAAUCUACAUACAAACUGAAAUAUCACAUUUACAUAAAUAUUCAGACCCUUUACUCAGUACUUUGUUGAAGCACCUUUGGCAGUGAUUACUGCCUCGAGUGUUCUUGGGUAUGACGCUACAAGCAUUCUUCUCUGCAGAUCCUCUCAAGCUCUGUCAGGUGGGAUGGGGAGUGUCGCUGCACAGCUAUUUUCAGGUCUCUCUAGAGAUGUUUGAUCAGGUUCAAGUCCGGGCUCUGGCUGGGCCACUAAAUGACAUUCAGAGACUUGUCCCAAAGCCUCUCCUGCAUUGUCUUGGCUGUGUGCUUAGGGUUGUUGUCCUGUUGGAAGGUGAACCUUCGCCCCAGAUCCUGAGCGUUCUGGAGCAGGUUUUCAUCAAGGAUCUCUCUGUAUUUUGCUCCAUUCAUCUUUCCCUUGAUCCUGACUAGGCUCCCAGUCCCUACUACUGAAAAACAUCCCCACAGCAUGAUGCUGCCACCACCAUGCUUCACCGUAAGGAUGGUGACAGGUUUCCUCCAGAUGUGACGCUUGGCAUUCAGGCCAAAGAGUUAAAUCUUGGUUUCAUCAGACCAAAGAAUCUUGUUUCUCAUGGUCUGAGAGUCUUUAGGUGCCUUUUGGCAACUCCAAGUGGAAUGUCAUGUGCCUUACUGAGGAGUGGCUUCUGUCUGGCUUCUGUCUGGCCACUCUACCAUAAAGGCCUGAUUGUUGGAGUGCUGCAGAGAUGGUUGUCCUUCUGGAAGGUUCUCACAUCUCCACAGAGGAGCUCUGUCAGUGACCAUCGGGUUCUUGGUCACCUCCCUGACCAAGGCCCUUCUCCCCCGAUCGCUCAGUUUGGCCGGGCGGCCAGCUUUAGGAAGAGUCUUGGUGGUUCCCAACUUCUUCCAUUUGAGAAUGAUGGAGGUGACUGUGUUCUUGGGGACCUUCAAUGCUGCAGACAUUUUUUGGUACCCUUCCCCAAAUCUGUGCCUCUACACAAUCCUGUUUCAGAGCUCUACGGACAAUUCCCUCGAGCUCAUGGCUUGGUUUUUGCUCUGACAUGCACUGUCAACUGUGGGACCUUAUAUAGACAGGUGUGUGCCUUUCCAAAUCAUGUCCAAUCAAUUUAAUUUACCACAGGUGGACUCCAAUCAAGUUGUAGAAACAUCUCAAGGAUGAUCAAUGGAAACAGGAUGCACCUGAGCUCAAUUUCGAUUCUCAUAGCAAAGGGUCUGAAUACUUAUGUAAAUAAGAUAUUUCUGUUUUUAUUUUUUAUAAAUUAGCAAACAUUUCUAAACCUGUUUUCACUUUGUCAUUAUGGGGUAUUGUGUGUAGAUUUAUGUGGAUUGUUAAACAUUUAAUCCAUUUUAGAAUAAGGCUCUAACGUAACAAUGUGGAAAAAGUCAAGGGGUCUGAAUACUUUCUGAAUGCACUGUAUAUGGGCUGCAUGGUGCGACAAUCAGCUAUUGAUGAUUUGAGAUAGAAGCAAAAAAGCUUGCGCUCUGUUCCUUGCCUCAGGUUGCUCAGCUGUUCUCUCAAGUCAUUUUCACCCAUGACUAUUCUCAAUUUAAUCUUGUCUUUACUAAUAUGUCAAAUUAGUUUUGAUUUAGAAUGGGCCAUUAUCGAAUGGGCAGGAACAGGGGCAGGGGGAAAAAUGUAUUCUGUAUGGACUGAAAUAGGGAAUAGAGGCCUCAAGCUUUCCCGCCGUUCCGUUUUGUAGGCUACUUCGGUUUUAUAGCGGAGCAUGUGCUUAAUAUGAGCAGCUGAGAAAUUAAUACAAGAACACUUAAUUCACUCCACGCAUUACCAUUGUUUGAGGAGCAUGCUCUCGCUGCCCGACAGGUGAUAUUCCAUCCAAACUGUAUGCCGUGGGCUCUCCAACCUUGUUCCUGCAACUACCCUAGUGCUUAAUUUGGGAAACCAAGUGAAAUCUGUUCGGGAACAUCGAUAGUAACAUGUUUUCGCAACUAAACAUAUUUCACUAAACUGUUGACAGCCCAUCUGCGCGCUCGAGAAUGGAAUAAAGGAGAAAGAGGAGGAGAUAGAAAUGCAUGGUGGUGAGAGAUUCUGUAGCUAAAGGUAAUGUCAAUUAACCAACAGCAUCGCCUAUGACUAUAUGUUCUCUCCCAGACUCAUGGAUAUACAUUUUGGAGUGUAGCAUAAGGUAACCAGUCCAUCCAGUAUGCAUAAUAAUACAGUUCACACUCAAAGGCUAGACUAAUGAUGUAUCAAAGACAUCAUAAAUCAGUUUUGUUGUUUUUUCUGCAAUGCGUAAUAUGCAGUAGGCUAUGUAUUGUAUAAUGGCACAAUCAUAAUAUUAAUUCACCUUUUUUUUUCGGGCUUGUGCUCAUAUGUAUGCCAGUUAGGCUCUACACCUGUUAUAAAUCGGAUUAAUGUGCUUAAUUUUAAGAAGUUAUUUGGCCACUAGUUGUGAUACAAACCUUAUCAAAACAUAUACAGUGAGGGGAAAAAGUAUUUGAUCCCUUGCUGAUUUUGUACGUUUGCCCACUGACAAAGAAAUGAUCAGUCUAUAAUUUUAAUGGUAGGUUUAUUUGAACAGUGAGAGACAGAAUAACAACAACAAAAUCCAGAAAAACGCAUGUCAAAAAUUUUAUAAAUUGAUUUGCAUUUUAAUGAGGGAAAUAAGUAUUUGACCCCCUCUCAAUCAGAAAGAUUUCUGGCUCCCAGGUGUCUUUUAUACAGGACACCUGUCCACAGAAGCAAUCAAUCAAUCAGAUUCCAAACUCUCCACCAUGGCCAAGACCAAAGAGCUCUCCAAGGAUGUCAGGGGCAAGUUUGUAGACCUACACAAGGCUGGAAUGGGCUACAAGACCAUCGCCAAGCAGCUUGGUGAGAAGGUGACAACAGUUGGUGCGAUUAUUCGCAAAUGGAAGAAACACAAAAUAACUGUCAAUCUCCCUCGGCCUGGGGCUCCAUGCAAGAUCUCACCUCGUGGAGUUGCAAUGAUCAUGAGAACGGUGAGGAAUCAGCCCAGAACUACACGGGAGGAUCUUGUCAAUGAUCUCAAGGCAGCUGGGACCAUAGUCACCAAGAAAACAAUUGGUAACACACUACGCCGUGAAGGACUGAAAUCCUGCAGCGCCCGCAAGGUCCCCCUGCUCAAGAAAGCACAUAUACAGGCCUGUCUGAAGUUUGCCAAUGAACAUCUGAAUGAUUCAGAGGAGAACUGGGUGGAAGUGUUGUGGUCAGAUGAGACAAAAAAUCGAGCUCUUUGGCAUCAACUCAACUCGCCGUGUUUGGAGGAGGAAUGCUGCCUAUGACCCCAAGAACAUCAUCCCCACUGUCAAACAUGGAGGUGGAAACAUUAUGGUUUGGGGGUGUUUUUCUGCUAAGGGAACAGGACAACUUCACCGCAUCAAAGGGACAAUGAACGGGGCCAUGUACCGUCAAAUCUUGGGUGAGAACCUCCUUCCCUCAGCCAGAACAUUGAAAAUGGGUCAUGGAUGGGUAUUCCAGCAUGACAAUGACCCAAAACACACGGCCAAGGCAACAAAGGAGUGGCUCAAGAAGAAGCACAUUAAGGUCCUGCAGUGGCCUAGCCAGUCUCCAGACCUUAAUCCCAUAGAAAAUCUGUGGAGGGAGCUGAAGGUUCGAGUUGCCAAACGCCAGGCUCGAAACCUUAAUGACCUGGAGAAGAUCUGCAAAGAGGAGUGGGACAAAAUCCCUCCUGAGAUGUGUGCAAACCUGGUGGCCAACUACAAGAAACGUCUGACAUCUGUGAUUGCCAACAAGGGUUUUGCCACCAAGUACUAAGUCAUGUUUUGCAGAGUUUGGAAAUUGCUCCCAAGGAUGAACCAGACUUGUGGAGGUCUAACAUUUUUUUCUGAGGUCUUGGCUGAUUUCUUUUGAUUUUCCCAUGAUGUCAAGAAAAGAGGCACUGAGUUUGGUAGGCCUUGAAAUACAUCCACAGGUACACCUCCAAUUGACUCAAGUAAUGUCAAUUAGCCUAUCAGAAGCUUCUAAAGCCAUGACAUAAUUUUCUGGAAUUUUUCAUGCUGUUUAAAGGCACAGUCAACUUAGUGUAUGUAAACUUCUGACCCGCUAUUGUAGACCUCCACAAGUCUGGUUCAUCCUUGGGAGCAAUUUCCAAACGCCUGAAGGUACAUUUACAUUUUUUUUUACAUUUUAGUCAUUUAGCAGACUCUCUUAUCCAGAGCGACUUACAGUUAGUGAAUAUCUUUUUUUUUUUAUACUGGCCCCCCGUGGGAAUCGAACCCACAACCCUGGCAUUGCAAACGCCAUGCUCUAUCAACUGAGCCACAUCCCUGCCGGCCAUUCCCUCCCCUACCCUGGACGACGCUGGGCCAAUUGUGCGCCGCCCAUGAGUCUCCCGGUCGUGGCCGGCUGCGACAGAGCCUGGAUUUGAACCAGGAUCUCUAGUGGCACAGUUAGCACUGCGAUGCAGUGCCUUAGACCACUGCGCCACUUAAAGGUACCACGUUCAUCUGUACAAACAAUAGUACGCAAGUAUAAACACCAUGGGACCACGCAGCCGUCAUACCGCUCAGGAAGGAGACGCGGUCUGUCUCCUAGAGAUGAACGUACUUGGGUGCGAAAAGUGUAAAACAAUCCCAGAACAACAGCAAAGGACCUUGUGAAGAUGCUGGAGGAAACAGGUACAAAAGUAUAUAUUUCCACAGUAAAACGAGUCCUAUAUCGACAUAACCUGAAAGGCCGCUCAGCAAGGAAGAAGCCACAGCUCCAAAACCGCCAUAAAAAGCCAGACUACGGUUUGCAACUGCACAUGGGGACAAAGAUCGUACUUUUCUGAGAAAUGUCCUCUGGUCUGAUGAAACAAAAAUAGAACUGUUUGGCCAUAAUGACCAUCGUUAUGUUUGGAGGAAAAGGGGGGUGGCUUGCAAGCCGAAGAACACCAUCCCAACCGUGAAGCACGGGGGUAGCAACAUCAUACUGUUGGGGUGCUUUGCUGCAGGAGGGACUGGUGCACUUCACAAAAUAGAUAGCAUCCUGAGGACGGAAAAUUAUGUGGAUAUAUUGAAGCAACAUCUCAAGACAUCAGUCAGGAAGUUAAAGCUUGGUUGCAAAUGGGUCUUCCAAAUGGACAAUGACCCUAAGCAUACUUCCAAAGUUGUGGCAAAAUGGCUUAAGGACAACAAAUUCAAGGUUUUGGAGUGGCCAUCACAAAGCCCUGACCUCAAUCCUAUAGAAAGUUUGUGGGCAGAACUGAAAAAGCAUGUGCGAGCACGGAGGCCUACCUACCUGACUCAGUUACACCAGCUCUGUCAGGAGGAAUGGGCCAAAAUUCACCCAACUUAUUGUGGGAAGCUUGUGGAAGGCUACCUGAAACGUUUGACCCAAGUAAAAAAAUGUAAGGGCAAUGCUACCAAAUACUAAUUGAGUGUAUGUAAACUUCUGACCCACUGGGAAUGUGAUGAAAUAAAUAAAAGCUUAAAUAAAUCAUUCUCUCUACUAUUAUUCUGACAAUUAAAAUAAAGUGGUGAUCCUAACUGACCGAGGACAGGGAAUUUCUACUAGGAUUAAAUGUCAGGAAUUGUGAAAAACUGAGUUUAAAUGUAUUUGGCUUCAAUUGUAAUUACCGUGACUAAACGGUCACAUGGAAUUUGACUGCAAUCAUGACUUGUGACCGCCAGUGUGGCGGUUAUACGUUCACCGUAACAGCCCUACGCCUGGCACCUACUACCACACUCCAUUCAAGGCUUAAAGUAUUAUUUAACCUGUCUCCUCCCCUUCAUCUACACUGCUUGAAGUGGAUUUAACAGGUGACAUCAAUAAGGGAUCAUAGCGUUCACCUGGUCAGUCAGUCAUAGAAUGAGCAGGUGCUCCUAAUGUUUUGUACACUUAAAGGAUUUGACCCACAGCUCUGUGAGCUUAAGUACUGUAUUUACAGAUCACAUACAAGUGUGUUAUUUUGCCACAGGAAAGGUCACAUCUUCAAGGCAUUUCUGCAAAAAAAAUCAUAAUAAUUCAAACUAGUGCCAAAUGCCCAGCUUCCUGAAUCCAGUCACAUUAUUAUAUUAACUAAAGAAGGAAAACGUGUGUCUCAAGUGACAGCAGGUGCACAUAUCUUUUUACGAGGGUGUUGUUUAUCAUAUUUCUGUGUGUUUAGGGCAUGUGACAUAUGGGCAGUAAGUACAUAGGGCAGGUGUGGCUUUAGUUUCUAUUUAGAAAAUGUGAUAUCCUUACCAUCUGUCUGUAUGUGAGGGACACAUGGCCAGUAUUAAGCUUAGGGAGUCACUAUCUGUGUCACUGUGUGUGUGUGCGUCUCAGUCAUACCCACAGUCUAACUGCCUGUGCCAGGUCCUGGUUAUGUGUUGAAUAUCAGGCCAUCUAUCAUUGGCUUGUGUGUGUUUUCCCUGUCUCUCAGAGGAGAAAGUGGAGAUGACCGCUCCAGUGACGUGUCUGGUGGACCCUGGGGCUGGCCCGGCCUGUGAGACCACCUUCACAGUGUCCUUCUACAUCCCAGAGGAGCACCAGGCCGACCCGCCCCAGCCCAGCGACCCAGAUGUCUUCCUGGAGAACAGAAAGGAGUUCACUGUGUUUGUCAGGUAAUGGACCAAUACAGGUUUCACUCACAAUAGCGGCUGCUGGCGUUUGAAAUGUGAGGCAGUAUAAGGCCAGCAGUUAGUGUUCAUGAACACAUCUGUGAGUAGUAGACCAUAGACCACGGCACCAGUAUCCUUUCUUUCCUUCCCUCAUAAAAUAUAUCCUUCUUUAUGCUCCCUGACUUUCCAUGCAGGACGUAUGGGGGUUUCAACAACAUGCAGAAGAGUCGUGAGGAGCUUCUGAAUCUGCUAGAGAGCCUCCAGAGGGACGGGGCGUGCUACAAGGACAUUCCCUACUACGUCUGUGGCUAUGACAGCCCCUUCAAACUAGUCAACCGUAGAAAUGAGGUCUGGAUCCUCCAGAAGACAGAGCCGUAGUAAGGAUUCAAAGGGGUCCCUGCCUUUCUCCCCGAAGUAUGCACUUGAACACGCCUCAUUUAUUUAGAAGUAUUGGAUUAGUGUAGGCAUGGACUAGUAUAGAGGUAGUUCCUACCAGAUACAUUAUAUAUCAGUGGAGGCUGCUGAGAGGAGGACGGCUCAUAAUAAUGGGUGGAACAGAGCAAAUGGAAUGGCAUCAA